AUGUCGUCGCCAAAGACUAGAACGCCGACUGGACCGUCAUCUCCGGCCUCUGGGCCCAAGUCGACGCCGUCUCCACGGGGCGAACUCAUUCCCGCCGCUGACAACGAUGACGAUGUUCAAGACGACGCCGAUUCGACACUUGAAACGGAUGCUGAGAGCUCGACUGCCUCUGUUUCUUCGAGUAUCCUUCACUACAGAAGUUUUCAGGGUCGCACGUUCCAUAGCGACAAGUUCGUGACUGAAUAUUCCUUUCCGAAUGAUGAACAACAACUAGAGUCUGUUGACAUUAGCCAUCAUUACUUGACGGUCCUGCUUGACGGUCAACUGUAUCUGGCUCCUAUCGGGGAUAACGUCCAGAAAGCGCUUGACGUUGGAACAGGAAGUGGAAUCUGGGCAAUAGACUUCGCAGACCAGUUCCCCCAAGCAGAAGUAAUAGCGACCGAUCUCUCACCAACUCAGCCAAAAUGGGUUCCUCCAAAUGUACGUUUCGAGAUCGACGACGCUACCGAAACAUGGACCUGGAAAGACAACACCUUCGAUUUCGUCCACAUGCGUUAUCUCUUCGGAGCUAUUCAGGACUGGACUGCUUUGUACCGACAAGCCUACCGUGUUUGUACGCCGGGAGGCUGGGUCGAGUCUGUUGAAGCCGACAUUCAUUUUCGCAGUGACGAUGGCACAGCUGAAGAACAAGAGGUCUAUAAGUUGUGCAAUAAGCUGUAUGAAGAGGGCGGUAAAGCGAUUGGUAGAACGUUCUUUGUGCAUGAGUUACAACCGAAAGGGAUUGAAGAGGCGGGGUUUGUGGACAUCAAGACGGUGGACUACAAGAUUCCGAUUGGGGAUUGGCCCAAAGACCCAAGGCUAGCUGAGGUCGGCCGAUUUGUCAAGCUGACAUUGGAGAACGACAUUGAAGGAUAUACUCUGUUGCUGUGGAACAACGUGCUGCAGUGGCCAAAGGACGAGUACCAAGUGUUCCUGAUGCAGAUUAGAAAGGCUCUUCGCAACCGCAAGAUUCACGGUUAUUUUGUAGUGCGCUAUGUAUACGGCCGCAAGCCAGAAUAA